AUUGUCGUUUGACCGAUAGAAUAAGCUAACUAAAGCGAACAUUAUCUUAGUUCGAAGCACUAGGAGUAUAUUAAUUUCAUUCCUCAUUUUGUUUGUUUGUGGAAUACUGCGGUCUCAAUUCACGCGUCUUCAAUACAACUCUCGUUAGCCAGUCUGGUCUUUGCAUCAGCUGGUUGUCGAAAGUUAACUACAUUAGGAAGAAAUGUAUUAACGUCAGCGGUGUCAGAAGAGUUGCUUUUAGCUGGCUAGUCACUCAGCUAAGAUUGCUAAUGCAAACUACACGGACUAUACUGCGCCGUUUACAUUGGCAACGAAGACAUGGUCAAACGGAUGUUUUGAGCUGAUGCACACCAAAGUGUUAAGGAAUAUUUAGGCAUUAAAGCUGCAGCGAUAAUGAACCUCAUCAGUCGUGUCAGGACGUGUUUAAUUUGGAGUGUCUUUCUGGUGUUCAGAGGUGGUGAAUCAUCAGGGAACUUCUGGCACAUCACUGACCUCCACUGGGACCCUACUUACAAGUUGGGUGAUGAUCCAACAUUAGUGUGUAACUCCAGCGGUAGUCGUCCAGCGCAGAAAGCAGGGAGGUUUGGGGACUAUCUCUGUGACUCACCAUGGGACCUUAUCAACUCCUCCAUAUAUGCCAUGAAAAGCAUUUUACCAGAUCCAGAUUUCAUUCUUUGGACUGGAGAUGAAACUCCGCAUGUGCCAAAUGAGUAUCUUGGGGAAGAGGCAGUUGUCUCCAUAAUCGGAAACCUUACCCAGCUUAUCAAAGAAGUGUUCCCAACCACCAAGGUGUAUGCUGCUUUGGGUAACCAUGACUACCAUCCAAAGAGCCAGUUGCCACCGGGACAGAAUUAUAUUUAUAACCAGACGGCAGAGAUGUGGAAACAGUGGCUUGACCCAGAGUCUCAAAGUCUCUUCAAAAUAGGUGGAUACUACACAGAGAAGCUGCUGAAUAGACCAGGAUAUAGGAUAUUAGUGCUCAAUACCAACCUUUACUAUGAUCAGAAUAAAGCCACACAGGACAUCCCAGAUCCAGCAAACCAAUUCAACUGGAUGGACACAAUAUUAACAAAUGCAGCAAGCCAAAAUGAGAAGGUAUACAUUGUAGGACAUGUUCCUCCAGGGUACUUUGAGAAGAAGCGAAGUAAAAUGUGGUUCCGCCCAAACUUCAAUGAGCGUUACCUGGAGCUAAUUCAGAAGCAUCAUGCCGUCAUCGAAGGCCAGUUCUUUGGCCACCAUCACACGGACUGUUUCCGCAUGUUCUACAGCCCAGAUGGUUUAUCUCCCAUCGGCACCAUGUUCCUGAGCCCAGGGGUAACGCCAUGGAAGACCACUCUGCCAGGGGUCGUUGAUGGUGCCAAUAACCCUGGCAUUCGCACCUUUGAAUAUGACACAGACUCUCUCCUGGUCAAAGACAUGGUCACCUACUACCUGAACCUGACCUAUGCCAACAUGGCCCAGGCAAGAUGGGAGAAAGAGUACCGCCUGACAGAAGCCUUCCGUGUGCCAGACGCCUCUCCCACCUCCAUGAACAUGAUCCUGGAUCGCAUGACCCAGGAAUCCUGCGUCUUGCAGAAGUACUACGAGUUGAACUCUGUCAGCUAUGACUUGUCAGCCUGUGAUGCCGACUGUCGCCUGGACCACGUCUGUGCUGCCAGGGGGAUAGACGAGAAGAGUUAUAAUGAGUGUCUGAACAGAGCGCCUCCUAAUGGCCUAUUUGUGAUGCUGCUUCCAGUACUUUCUGCUACACUGAGCAUUGCAUGGUCCAGCUUGUAAUGCUCUCAAGUCAUUUCAGGACAGGGGGGGCUUCUCACCCCUCAUUCGCUAACAUUACAUUGAUAUCAGAGUAAGCCCUUGCUCCGUUGAUUUCCCAUUAGUUCUCUUAGGAUUGUUUAAUGUC